AUGAAAGUACCAAUGACUCCAUUCAAAUCACAGCUACCCACUCAUUCGCCAACUCGCACCCUGCUACCCCUCAAACUAGCCCGGAUGGAGACCCUCUCCUUCUCUUCCUCUACACCGACAACUGCAGCGCGAGCUUCCCGUUGGGCAAAACCGGAUGACCCUGUACAAACAGCCAACAACGCAAAACGAGUCAUGGAAGAGUCAUUGUAUUUUGCCAUCGUAUAA